AUGGGUGAAAAGCAGAAGAAUAUUUCUCUGGAAGAUAAGGUUUCUAUUAUUAAAAAAGUGGAGGCAUCUCCUGGCGUGAGUCACGUGGAGCUAGCGAAGCAAUUGGGACUGGCCCCUUCAACACUCAACACUAUUAUGAAAAACAGAUCGUCGAUAAUGGAAGGGUUUGAGAAUUGUGGAAAUUCAAAACGUACGCGUUUGAAACAAUCGACUUACGACGAAAUGGAGAAAGUUUUAUUAACUUGGUUUCAGCAAGCACGUGCUGCAAACAUUCCUAUAAACGGAACUAUUUUGAAGGAGAAGGUGCUUCAAAUAUCACUUCAGUUAGGAAUGGACAAUUUUAAGGCGUCCAAUGGAUGGAUUGAUAAAUUUCGACAGCAUCAUGGUGUUGUGUACAAAUUGGAAUGUGGAGACAGUAAAAGUGUGGACGAACCAACUGUAGCUCAGUGGAUACAGACUCUCCCUAAUCUGAUACAGGGCUACAAACUGCGUGACAUUUAUAACGCUGACGAAACCGGCAUGUUUUUCAAUUUAAUGCCGGAUAAGACAUUCACUUUUCGUGGGGAAAAUUGCACAUGGUGGUAA